AUGUCCCUCAACAUUUCCCUAUACACGGUCACGGCAGCCUUAAUAUUGGGCAAUGAAGGCCAAAGGCUUUUUGCCAAAUACUACCGUCCCAACGACGAAUCCCAAUCCUACAAAACCGCAGCAGAACAAGCAGCCUUUGAAAAGGCCAUUUUCAGCAAGAUAAAUAAACAGCACCAGGACGUGAUCUUGUACGAUAACCACUUGGUCACAUACAAGCAGACAAAUGACAUUAUUAUUGUUCUUGUGGGAGGAGUCAGUGAGAACGAGUCUAUGCUCUACUCGUUGACCAACAACAUCAACGAAGCAUUGCUGAUUCUUUUGGACAACUCUUUAGAUAAGACCACGGUUUUGCUGAAGUAUGAUAUGGUGUGUUUGUGCUUUGACGAAGCCAUUGACGAUGGAAUCAUCUUGGAGAUUGACCCAGCCAUUAUAGUGAGCAGGGUGACCAAGCCACCAACCACUUCCAACACUGUUGGUGUGAACAUGGACUCCGGUGUUUUUAACGCCUUUUCUUUUGCAUCCAAGAAGAUCCAGGAGAGAUUGCAGCAGGGUUUGUAA